GCCUUUCCCCCCUGUCUGUGCUCCGGUCGUCGUGUGUGCUCGUGUGCGCUUAUCUGCCUCGCAAAACGUUCCCUCAGAGAAACGACACUGUAUCGUUGGCGAUGGCGUCGACGUCGAACGGGUCAGGACUGCCUGGGCCAAAGGCUAUUCAUGUCGACACGCGCGGUGCGAAGAUCCUCGUCGAGGAAUCGCCCGAGACGCGGGAUAGCCGAGGGAUCUAUCUGCCCAACUAUAUCGAACCGGUGUCUCAUAUAGCUGUCGAUGUCGGUGGCUCGUUGGCCAAGGUCGUCUACUUUACCCGCUCGCCCGACCCACCUCCCUCGCCCGAAUUGAACGGCCGCGUGAACGGGGCCGCAUCGACAUCAUCCCAGUCGCCGCCCUCGUCGCCUCCGACGGCCGGCUCGUCCCUCGCAAAGCGGAACGGGGCGCUGACGCCGCUCGUGCUCGAGUCGGCGGCGUCGAACCCGCUGGAAGACAGCAUCCGGAAGCGGCUCCGACGGCGGGCGUCGCUGCAACACUUUCCCGGCGGCUCGCUCAACUUUGCGCGAUUCGAGACGGAGCACAUCGGGGACUGCGUCGCGUUCGUGCGAGAGCUGAUCCGGAGCAGCGCGGAGGUGAACGGGGUGAGCGAGGAGGCGAUGCGACAGAGCGUGAAGAUGGUCGCGACCGGGGGAGGCGCGCACCGGUUCUACGACAUGUUCAAGGAGGAGCUCGGGGUGGAGGUCUGGAGGGAGGACGAGAUGGAGUGUCUGAUCGAGGGGCUCAAGUUUAUCACGCUCAUCCCGGACGAGGUGUAUUACUUUUCGGACGUGCCGGAGAGCAGCGGCGGCGGCGCGAGCGGAGGGGACGGGGGGCUGGAACGACCGAGUCCGAACCCGCCCAAGUACGCUAUCGCGUUCGAGCAGGAUCCGACGUGGCAGUUGCCGUGUUUGCUCGUGAACAUCGGAUCGGGGGUGUCGAUCAUCAAGGUGGACGAAGACGGCUCGUUCGAGCGAGUGAGCGGGACGAGUCUGGGCGGUGGAACGUUGUGGGGCCUGCUGAGCCUGCUCACGCCCGCGACGUCGUUCGACGAGAUGCUGUCGUUGUCCGAGCGAGGCGACAACGCGGCGGUGGACAUGCUGGUGGGGGACAUCUACGGGCAAGACUACGGGAAGCUGGGGCUCAAGUCGACGACGAUCGCGAGCUCGUUCGGGAAGGUGUUCAAGAAGGGCGAGAAGCGUGCGUUCUCGCCGGAAGACAUCAGCAAGAGCCUGCUGUACGCGGUGUCGAACAACAUCGGGCAGAUCGCGUACAUGAACGCGGAAAAGUACGACCUGGAGCGCAUCUACUUUGGGGGCUGCUUCAUCCGGGGGCACGCGGCAACGAUCGGGACGCUGUCGUACGCGAUCCGGUUUUGGAGCAAGGGCACGAAGCGGGCGCUGUUCCUGCGCCACGAGGGCUUCCUAGGAUCGAUCGGGGCGUGGAUCAAGCACAUCGGCCCCGGCGGCGACGAGGGGCGGCAUGCGUAGGUGUCGCAGAGGAUAUCCGGUUGAGUAGAUUAGGCUGGGCUCUGGUCGCCGACGGAUGCUUCCGCGGCGUGGGGAAGGGCGUGGGACCGGUCGCGAGGCCAGACGCACGACGGAUACGGUCAUAGUGCGCGCACGUGGCGCCGUCCUGCGACGGCCAGAGGCAAUGCACGCCGUUGUUGUAUGUAUGAGACAGAGACAGAGAUAGCGGCCAGGGCAGUUCGCGUUCGCCGAGCAAUCUGAUCAGAC